UGGCUUCGUGGGAGAAAGGCGGGGUAAAAGAGAGGGACCUUCCUGUUUCUGCUACUUCCCAAAUGUAGGCAGCUUGUUUAGAACGGAUGUCCUGCACCCCACCAGUGGAGUAUGUGGGUGUCUGGGCUUGCCUGUCUUUUCCAUCUGCUGGCUGCUGCCCUGAGCAGGCUACAGGUCCUGCCCGUGCGGCCCCACCACCUGCCUACAGGUGUACGAUAACCCAGUGAUUUUUCUAUAAAGUCUAAAGUUCCAGAACAGGUCCCUUGAUAAGGUGCCGCACAGACCUGUGGUGGGGGAAUGAGGUUUAUCAAGAAGGAGUUUUUGGUUCCAGCCCUGGGCGGCCACUCAAGGUGGCCGAUACCACAGGUGAAGUCCAGCGAGGGGAGAGCAACCAGCCUGCCAGGAGGUGCCAGGAGCCUGAGCCUCUCAGACCGGGCCAGUCAGGGCAUUGGGUCAACUGCAGCUCUUAGGAUCCACAGGCCUCUGACUCAAGGGAUUUGGUCUUGCUCUUGCACAGCUGCCCUUGGCAGAAGUAAUACAGGGAGCGCAGAGACAAAGGGCACUCAGUAAGGGCGGGGCAGGAAGAAGAAAAGUCCAGGGGUUACAGCGAUGUCCCCCACCUUCCUCUCACCACUUCUUCUUACUUAGGCACAGCAUGUUGACUGGAAGAGGUCCCGAGACCACUAGUUCCCUGUUUUAUAACAUGGGAACACCAGAGCUAAAGGUGAGGGAGGUAUCUGCCUAAGGGAACACCGCAGGUACAACUUGGGUCUCCAACUCUCCAUCUCCCUCCUCAGAAGAGGACACUGCCAUUUCAGGCCAGCCUCCUGCAGUAGGUCUACUGUGAGCCAGGAGACAUCAUGGGGAAAGUCCCGGAUAUCGUCAUGCGUGACAGCAUCUAAUUAAUCAUCAACCCUGUAACGUGAUCUCCAGCCUAUAAAAGGGGAACCUUCAGAGUCUUGUAAACCUGACCACUGGCCUUCACAGACAUCUCCAGACACAAGGACUUGUCUCUCAGGAGGAGCCCAAGCGAAUGGGUGCCCGCCUCAGCCCUGAGGCCAACGCUGAGGUGCCCCGCGAGGCCCUUAGUUUCCACGGGGAUGCCACCGGCGCACAGGUGCAUCUGGAUGACCUACGGAGCACAGCGCAUAGGCGCUCUACGUUCCACGAUGGCAUCGUGUUCAGCCAGCGGCCAGUGUGGCCCGGUGAGCGUGUUGCGCUGCGCGUGCUGCGACAAGAGACAGGCUGGUGCGGUGGCCUCCGCGUGGGCUUCACACGCCUCGACCCUGCACACGUGGCUGCGUCCUGCUUGCCGCCCUUUGUGUGCCCGGAUCUAGAAGAACAGAGUCCCACGUGGGCAGCGCUGCUUCCAGAGGGCUUUGUUCGUGCGGGGAAUGUGGUCUGCUUCUGGGUGAACCGGAGAGGCUGGCUCUACGCCAAGGUCAACGCUGGCCGCCCCCUCGUGCUGCGCAAAGACGUACUGGUCCAGGGCGCCCCGCUCUGGGCGGUGAUGGAUGUGUACGGGACCACGAAAGCCAUUGAGUUGCUGGAUCCCAAAGCCAACGCCUGGAUCACCAGCGGGGAGGCUGUGCCGGAGUCUGAAGUUGCAUCAGGAGAGGAGUGUGUCAUCUGCUUCCACAACACCGCCAACACCCGCCUUAUGCCCUGUGGCCACGCACACUUCUGCAGCGCCUGUGCCUGGCACAUCUUCAAAGACACGGCUAGGUGCCCCAUGUGCCGCUGGCAGAUUGAGGAGGUGGCUGUGGAGUCUUCACUGAAGACUGGAGAAGGCUCCUGAAGAGAGAGCAUCCUCGAGUGGGUGGUAGAUGGGGCUUGGUUCUGAGACAGGCCCCUGCGAAAGGAAGAACCUCUGUCUGGACGUGGGUCAGCAAACGCAGUCUUAGGCCACCACGCCUGAUCUUGGAUCAGCAAGCAUUGUUACCCAUGAGGGAGACUCAGUGACUCUUUCCCCAGAUGGAAGUUUGGGAGAGGUUGAUGUGGCAAAGAGAAAUUUCUCCGGCCACUUUGGGACGUCCCCAGUGUAGCAGGGGCAGCCUGAGCCCUGAUGUUACAGCUGAGGACAUGAAGGGAUGGAACGGUCUGUGUCUGGUGGAAGUUCCAGAAGCGGGGACGUGUAUCAUGGUGAUUUCUCUGCUGGUUUGUGAGACAGCAAAAUAAAGUUUGUUUUUGUAUUGA